UAAGUGCAUCCGAAGAUGAAGAGCGCUUGGUACGUGACCUCUUUCGAGGGUAUAACAAACUCAUACGACCCGUUCAGAAUAUGACACAAAAAGUUGGAGUAAGAUUUGGUUUGGCGUUCGUACAGCUAAUCAAUGUCAAUGAGAAAAAUCAAAUUAUGAAAUCAAACGUUUGGUUACGUUUGGUUUGGUACGAUUAUCAGCUGCAAUGGGAUGAGGCUGAUUAUGGCGGUAUAGGCGUAUUGCGUUUGCCGCCCGAUAAGGUUUGGAAACCGGAUAUUGUAUUGUUUAAUAACGCUGAUGGUAACUACGAGGUGCGUUAUAAGUCCAACGUCUUAAUCUAUCCAACGGGUGAAGUACUAUGGGUGCCACCAGCUAUAUACCAAAGUUCUUGCACAAUUGAUGUCACAUACUUUCCAUUCGAUCAACAAACUUGUAUUAUGAAAUUUGGUUCAUGGACUUUUAAUGGUGAUCAAGUUUCAUUGGCACUUUAUAACAACAAAAAUUUCGUGGAUCUAUCAGAUUAUUGGAAAUCUGGUACUUGGGAUAUAAUAGAAGUACCAGCAUAUCUAAACGUUUAUGAGGGUGAUGGCAAUCAUCCUACUGAAACCGACAUUACAUUUUAUAUAAUAAUUCGACGCAAAACUCUUUUCUAUACUGUGAAUUUAAUUCUUCCUACGGUGUUGAUCUCAUUCCUUUGUGUUUUAGUAUUCUAUCUGCCAGCAGAGGCUGGUGAAAAGGUCACAUUGGGCAUAAGCAUUCUCCUGUCACUGGUUGUGUUCCUGUUGCUUGUAUCAAAGAUAUUACCGCCCACCUCACUAGUGCUUCCACUAAUUGCCAAAUAUUUGCUGUUCACUUUCAUCAUGAACACAGUGUCUAUUUUGGUUACUGUAGUCAUUAUCAAUUGGAAUUUCCGUGGUCCGCGUACUCAUCGAAUGCCAAUGUGGAUACGUAGUGUGUUUUUACAUUAUUUGCCCGCUGCACUAUUUAUGAAACGUCCACGAAAAACACGUUUGCGUUGGAUGAUGGAAAUGCCUGGUAUGAGUAUGCCAGCUCAUCCACAUCCAUCAUAUGGAUCUCCGGCAGAGCUACCCAAACAUAUUAGUGCCAUUGGUGGAAAGCAAUCCAAAAUGGAAGUAAUGGAACUAUCCGAUUUACAUCAUCCCAACUGCAAAAUAAAUCGUAAAGUUAAUAGUGGAGCUGAAUUAGGAAUUGGUGAUCAAUGCAGACGAGAAAGUGAAUCAUCAGAUUCAAUUCUCUUAUCACCAGAGGCAAGCAAAGCCACAGAAGCUGUAGAGUUUAUAGCUGAACAUUUGCGCAAUGAGGAUCUUUAUAUACAAACUCGCGAGGAUUGGAAAUAUGUUGCUAUGGUAAUCGAUCGUCUACAAUUAUAUAUAUUUUUUAUAGUCACCACAGCUGGCACUGUUGGCAUUCUGAUGGAUGCUCCACAUAUCUUUGAAUACGUUGAUCAGGAUCGCAUUAUUGAAAUCUAUCGUGGAAAAUAAAUUGCUGAACACAUUUUUUUCCAGAGCAACAAAAUAAAUGAAAAGUUAAACAUUAGCAAAUAAUAAAACAAUA